AUGGCACAGUCCGUCAAUCUUCUUGUUCCAGCCUUUGUCCUCCUCGUCCUGGUGCAAGGGGCGAGGUCGUCCGAGAAGUGCGGGCAAGGGGCCGCGGGCUUGGAGGUGCUGCAGACCAGCAAUGGGGACAAAGCCGGGGUGGACACAGUGUUCGAGGUGACCGUGAGGAACCCCUGCGCGUGCGCGGUGCGCGGCGUGUUCCUCCGCUCCGAGGGCUUCAUGAGCUCGAUUCCGGUCGACGCAAAGCUGUUCCGCCGGGAGGGCAACGACUACCUCGUCGCCGACGGCGGCCGGAUCGAGAGCGGAGGCGAGGUGCGGUUCCAGUACGCCUGGGAGCGCCCGUUCAACAUAACCCCGGCCGCCGUCCAAGACGACUGUAGUGGAGGAGUUCAUCAGUUCACCCUGUAA